AUGUACGAGCGAUGUUAUCCUUUAAAUUCUAUGUCGGUUGGUGUUCAGCCAAUCCGCUGGCAACUGAGCCUCAUGACGUCAUUCCUCAGAGCAGCGGAGGAGCCGUUUUCCACGGGCUGUGGUCAGAACAACAUCGUGGUCCCGACCUCCAGGAUCGUGAACGGGUCGGACGCCUCGCCCGGGGAGUUUCCAUACCAGGUGUACCUGACUCCCACCAUUGCUGGACUAGAUUAUACGUGUGGCGGGUCUAUCAUAAAGAAAAGGUGGAUUCUAACUGCUGCUCACUGCUUCUUUGACAAGAACGGUGUCAAAGCUUCAGGCGUUAGUGUGGGUGUCGGGUCUAUUUCCUCCAACAACAUCACCCAGGUCUCCACUUCACGCUUCAUAACCCACCAGAACUACAACAGCACAACUAAUGCAAACGACAUCGCCCUGGUGGAGCUGGCUGCGGACCUGCCCUUCGACACCAACCCCAACGUGCAGCCCAUCUGUCUGGGGCAGGAGAGUGACAUACCCUACGGGGGCAGGGUUGUCGCUACAGGCUGGGGUAGACUGGCUUCUGGACAAGCGACGUUGCCCACCACCCUGCAGGAGGUACAGCUAGACGUUAUCACCAGCGGCGUGUGCUCCGGACUCGCCUCCCUCCCUCCGAACCCCGCCCAGGUGCUCUGUACUCUCACCCUCUAUAAGGAUACGUGUCAGGGUGACAGUGGCGGGCCCCUGGUGGCUCAGGUGUGCCCUGGUCGCUGGGUGCAGGUGGGCGUCGUCAGCUACGGGUUCGGGUGUGCUGUACCCAACAACCCCGGAGUGAACACCAGAGUUUCCGCUUACGCUGACUGGAUCACCCAGAACACCGGCUCCGCCACCUGCUGAAUGUGUCUGCUCAUCCUCUUGCCUGCACCUGCGGUGUGUGGUAGACUGAGCACACCCUCUACCACCACCACUACCAGCUGA